AGCCGUGGCCGAAAAACAGGUUGCGCGUGCAUGCCGGCUAUCAUCAUCCAAGGACGGGAGUCAUGCAUUGGGCAUGUCCAGUUUCGUCACCGGGUGAUGACAUCAGAAUGGCCGUAAAGUGGUUUUCGCACAAGAUGAAAAAGGGUCCUUUGCAACCUCAGUUUUGAGAUAUAAGUCCUUGUUCCAUCCAUCAACUCUAGGCUUAUCUUCUUCCUGUCACAGACAACCACAGAGACUUUGAACAUGGCACCAGCAAACGAGGACCAGAAAGACGAGGAGCGCAAGCCCCUCAACAACGAGGGCGGCGAAGACUCCGAGUUUGAGGACGCCGAGGGAGACGGUGGCCCGGAGCUGAGCCACGGCAGCACCGAGGAGGAGGAGCCGGAGCAGCCCCCGACGCCCAAGAAGAAGCCGGCGCGGCAGGCAACCAAGACGGCGCAGAAGAAGAAGCCCCGGAAGCAGAUGAACGACCCGUGGGCCGACGACGACGAGAACGACAGGCAGAUGGCGCGCCCCCAGCAGCAGCAGUACCAACAACAAAUGCCACAGCAGCAGCAGAUGCAACAGAUGCCACCCCAGAUGAUGAUGAACGCCCAAAAGGACGAGAAGAAGAACCCGCUGAAGCUGCGUCUCGACCUCAACCUCGACGUCGAGAUCGAGCUGCGGGCUAAGAUCCACGGCGACGUCACCCUUGCCCUCCUCGACAUGGGUUAAGUGAUAUGUGAGAAAGCGAUGGCGUUAUGUUUUUGGAACGGGUUCUCGGUUUCGAUAUUUAUGAUGCCUUUUUCUCCACUUGAGGCAUGAGAUUAUGAGCUUGGACGAGUCGGUUCGACGACGCGAAAAGAUACUGUACUUUUACGUAUUGCUGCGACCUGUACGCCGAGACCGAGUAGCAUCUUCUUCGAAUCGGUUAAUGACAC